GAUGGAUUUAUUUCUGGACUCAAUUUCCCAGGAACUCUGCUAUCCCACACGGGGGAAAAUGCCUCUGCUGAAGUUUCUCUAGCUCCAGUUUCGUGAAUUAAGAUCUGUCGCUUUGGAGUUACUCACAGCAGCUCUGUCUCUACUGACUCAUCCAUCUGCUUCCAGAAAAUGUUUGCUGUCCACUUGCUAGCUUUCCAUUUCACAAAGCUAAAAGAGGAUCAAAUAAAAAAGGUGGACAGGUUCCUGCACCAGCUGCGCCUCUCUGAUGAUGUCCUGCAGGAUGUGACAGCUCGUUUCCAGGCUGAGAUGCUGAAGGGGCUGGCCAGGGACACCAACCCCACGGCAGCAGUGAAAAUGCUGCCCUCGUUCGUGCGCUCGCUGCCCGAUGGCUCAGAGGAGGGUGACUUCCUUGCUGUGGACCUGGGUGGCUCCCAGUUCCGUGCCCACCAGGUGAAGGUGUUUGGUGAUGGGAAGCAGAGCAGCCAGCUGGAGAGCAAGUUCUACCCCACACCCAAGGAGGUCACCCAGGGGAGUGGAGCUGAGCUCUUUGAUUACAUUGCUGACUGUCUGUCAGACUUCAUGGAGACCAAAAACCUGAAGCAGAAGAAGUUGCCUCUUGGCUUUACCUUUUCUUUUCCAUGCAAACAGACCAAACUGGAUGAGGGGGUUCUCCUCGAGUGGACAAAGCACUUCAGGGUCCGAGGAGUCCAGGGCACAGACGUGGUCAGCUCCCUGCACAGGGCCCUCCAGAAGCACCAGGACAUAGAUGUUGAUGUUUUGGCACUGGUCAAUGACACGGUGGGAACCAUGAUGACUUGUGGAUACGAUGACCAGCGAUGUGAAGUUGGACUCAUAAUUGGCACGGGCACCAACGCCUGCUACAUGGAGGAGAUGAGGCACAUCAGCCUGGUGGAGGGGGACGAGGGCAGGAUGUGCAUUAACACCGAGUGGGGGGCCUUCGGGGACGACGGUGCUUUGGAGGAUCUCCGCACCGAGUUCGAUCGGGAGCUGGAUCUGGGAUCUCUCAACCCUGGAAAACAGCUGUUUGAGAAGAUGAUCAGCAGCCUGUAUUUGGGGGAACUUGUGAGACUCAUUCUCCUAAAAAUGACAAAGGAAGGUCUGCUCUUCAAUGGGAAAGUGUCAACAGCUCUGCUUACUAAGGGCAAGAUUGAAAUGAAACACGUGUCUGCAAUGGAAAAGUACAAGGAAGGCCUGAGCAACACAAGAGAGAUCCUUGCAGAGCUGAACCUGUUUCCCUCUGAGGAGGACUGUGUUGCUGUUCAGCACGUCUGCACCAUCGUUUCCUUCCGCUCGGCCAACCUCUGCGCCGCCGCCCUGGCUGCCAUCCUGACCCGCCUCAGGGAGAACAAAAAGCUGCUGAGGAUGAGAACCACUGUUGGGAUUGAUGGGGGGCUCUACAAAACCCACCCCAAGUACGCCAAGCGCCUGCACAAGGUGGUGAGGAGGCUGGUGCCCACGUGUGACGUGCGGUUCCUGCUGUCGCCGAGCGGCAGCGGCCGCGGGGCCGCCGUGGUGACGGCGGUGGCACGCAGGCUGGCCAGCCAGCGCCGGCGCCUCGACGCCACCCUGGCUCCCUUCCUGCUGCCCCCCAGCACCCUGCAGGAGGUGAGGGACAGCAUGAGGGCUGAGCUGGAGUAUGGGCUGAAGAGGGAGACGCAAGCCCAGGCCACGGUGAAGAUGCUGCCCACGUACGUGUGCGGGACGCCCGAUGGAACGGAAAAAGGAAAGUUCCUUGCCCUUGACCUUGGUGGCACAAAUUUCAGGGUUCUGCUGGUGAAAAUCAAAAGCGGGAGAAGAAGAUCAGUGCAAAUGUAUAACAAAAUCUUUGCCAUUCCUUUGGAGAUCAUGCAAGGGACAGGAGAAGAGCUCUUUGACCACAUUGUCCAGUGCAUAGCAGACUUUCUGGAGUAUAUGGGGAUUAAAGGUGCUCGGCUUCCUCUGGGCUUCACCUUCUCCUUCCCCUGCAGGCAAGCCAGCAUUGACAAGGGAACACUUGUGGGAUGGACAAAAGGAUUCAAGGCAACAGACUGUGAGGGGGAAGAUGUUGUUGAUAUGCUAAGGGAGGCUAUCAGGAGAAGAAAUGAGUUUGACUUGGACAUUGUGGCAGUGGUGAAUGACACUGUUGGGACCAUGAUGACUUGUGGCUACGAGGAUCCAAACUGUGAGAUUGGCCUUAUUGCAGGAACAGGCACCAAUGUUUGCUACAUGGAGGACAUGAAAAACAUAGAAAUAGUGGAAGGGAAUGAAGGAAAAAUGUGCAUUAAUACAGAAUGGGGAGCAUUUGGUGACAAUGGCUGCAUUGACCACAUCAGGACAAAAUAUGACAGAGAAGUAGAUGAAGGCUCCCUAAACCCAGGGAAACAGAGGUAUGAAAAAAUGACCAGUGGAAUGUACCUAGGUGAAAUAGUAAGGCAAAUUUUGAUUGACUUAACAAAACAGGGGCUGCUGUUCAGAGGACACAUUUCAGAAUCACUCAGGAAAAGAGGAAUAUUUGAAACAAAGUUCCUGUCUCAGAUUGAGAGUGACCGGCUGGCCCUGCUGCAGGUGCGGCGCGUCCUGCGGCAGCUGGGGCUGGACAGCACCUGCGAGGACAGCAUCACCGUCAAGGAGGUGUGUGCAGCUGUGUCCACCAGGGCUGCCCGGCUCUGUGGGGCAGGGCUGGCUGCUGUGGUGGAGAAGAAGAGGCAGAACCGAGGUGUGGAGCGCUUGCAGAUCACGGUGGGGGUGGAUGGGACGCUGUACAAGCUCCACCCGCAUUUUUCUAGGAUCCUGCAGGAAACAGUGAAGGAGCUGGCCCCUCAGUGUGAUGUGACUUUCAUGCUUUCUGAAGAUGGAAGUGGGAAGGGAGCUGCCCUCAUUACUGCAGUUGCAAAAAGAUUGCACAAUGUUGGACAGAAGUAAAAUGAGAGGUCAAGUAACUUCAGCCCUGCCUGGUGUGGGCAGCAGGGGUUUGCUGGGGGUGAUUCCAGAUAGCUUUUCCAACACCAGCACACAGGUAGCUUUUUUGGGGGGGGAGCAGCUGGUUUUGACCAACCAGGAUUGUGGAUUUUUAUCCUUUGGUAACUUGGGUUAGGUGUUUCUGCUCCCCACUGGAAUUAUGUCUCGGCAUGCCACAGCCUACUCAGUUCUGUACUUCCUGCAGUGCAUCUCCAAUGCACGUGGGAGAGUGAAAACAAAACAAAAUCAACCCAAAUGUGUAGUUUUACAACAUCUCAAUUAAGCUACUGCACCACAACUGAGUUUAUCACCAGUUUCUUAGGAUUUUGUGUUUAGUUUUCUCUUGCCCUGGCUCGAAGAAUAUUGAGAUUCUGAUGUUGCAUCUUAUCUAGUGGACAUCUUUGUUCAAUGCUUCACAGGUUUUACAAUAAAUUUGCAGGUGAAAUAAA